AUGAAUGCGUUAAAUAAGAAAAGAGAGGAAUGGAGAGGUGAAACCGCAACCACAUUCGCUUUCGCAACAGAAGCAAUCAUUUCGAAAAGACGGUCUACUAGUGCCGCUUCAACAAAUGAAACAGAGGCCAACAACACAGCUGUACCAGAGACUACCGAGUUAGCCACAACCAUUUCUGAAGCCAUAUUCACUACUAUAGAAGCCACCACCGAAGUAAUGUCCACUGACAUAGCUACAACUUCUCCUGAACCCACCACUGAAGUAAUGUCCACUGAGAUAGUUACAACUUUUCCUGAAGCCACCACUGCUCCUAUGAAAAAAACCACUGCCCAAUCAAGUGCAGGCGGCACUGAAGAGAUUACCACUAAACCCUCCAGAACUACUCGUAAGACUAAAGUGGCGUCCAAAACCACUGCAACGACAGCAAUGACCUCUUCGGAGGAAGCAAGUGAACCGUCAAGUACGAAUAUUUUGGGACCAGUAGGCACUGAAAAUAAUGAGAGCCCGACGAGUCUAUCGCAGACAGAUUACAGUUCUCCUAUGGAAAUACCACUGGUCCUAACCACAUCAGAAGAAACAUUUCCUGCCAACGAAUCGAGUCUGAUACACGAACCUCCACAAGAACAUCAGCCUAACAAACGUGAAGUGCACUAUUGUUCAUCAGUUUGUUGCGAAGGGCCUAUCGACAGCACUACGAAAGCACUUUGCGCAGUUCCUCAGGUCACUCCAAAGGGCAAAGUGUUCCAAAAGGAAAGAAACAACAAGGAAGUACCGAUAUGGUUACUGGACCGACCCAAGGAACAAUUGGAAGAACGUCUUCGCAACAAGGAAAUGAUAUGGUUACUGGACCGACCCAACUAA